CAAAUUGACAGGACGUGAACGCGAAGGAAAUAUAAUCGAACAAGGAUCGAAUCGAACAACAUUGCGUUUGGGGAAUAAACGCUGUAAAAAUGCCUUUCGGUCGGUUAUUGCUGCGAACAUCGACUAUCAAUAAGAUGGUCAGCAGAAAUGCGUUCACCGCCUUCAAACCUGAUCCUUCAAAGCCAAACAUGCUGAGAGUAGGGCUGGCAUUUGGAAGCACAGCUUUCCUCUGGGGAUUGCUCUUCAAACAACACAGCACUGAUGUGCUGGAAUACAAAACAAGGAAUGGGCUAGAGUAAAUCAUGGGGGUGCCGAGUGCUGUUCAUUGGUUCUCUGGGUUCUCCCAUUUAAAUGUUCCUCUGCUAUGAAAAUAUGUACAAAAAUGUUUAAUAAAAAUGUCUAUUUGUAAACUCUGCGAAAUCACGUUGGUUGUUGUUAUU